GCCAAGAGCAAGGCCGUCAAAAAGAACCCCGUGCGGGAAACGAAGAAGGAGGAGUCCUCCUCGGAGUAUGAGUAUUACAGCUAUUCCAGUGACAAUGAGGACGAGAACAGCAACAACAACAAUAAGUCUGAUGAUGAUUCGUCUUCCAGCUCUGA